AUUCAUUCUUUUAGCCGUGUCUAUCAUCCUCUACCAUGCCCACGAUAACUGGAUACGAGACUCAUGGUUCGAAAACUAUGCCAGUGGGAGCAUCUUAUAGCUGACGAGCAAUCAUAGACGUCCGGUUUCCUACAUCGUUAACUGGAGAUGGAACCGAUGCUAUGAACACCGACUGCGACUACUCUUCGGCUUAUGUCACACUCAAAACGGAUUCAGACCUAGUUGGGCAUGGAAUGACGUUUACCAUCGGUCGUGGAAAUGAAAUCGUAAUCGAAGCAAUCAAAGAAGUCUCCAAACGCCUCGUCGGUAAAGAUACCGAAACCCUUUUCGCCGACAUGGGCAAGACCUGGGACUACCUCAUGGCCGACCCUCAACUUCGUUGGAUUGGCCCAGAGAAAGGUGUCAUUCACAUUGCUUCAGGCGCUGUCAAUAACGCUCUUUGGGAUAUGUACGCACGCGCUCGCCAAAAGCCAUUAUGGAAACUUGUCGUCGACUUUACACCAGAGGAACUCGUCCGUUCUGCAGCAUGGCGGUACAUUUCUGAUGCGAUCACAAAAGAAGAGGCUUUGGCGAUGUUGAAGGAGAAGGAAGCAUCCAAGAAUGAACGUGAAGCGUUUGUUCGUGAAGUUGGAUACCCCGCAUACGUUACUUCUGCGGGCUGGCUUGGAUACUCAGAUGAGAAGGUUGCUCGUCUCACAAAAGAAGCUGUCGCUGCUGGUUUCAACCAUUUCAAGAUGAAGGUCGGGGCUGACCAGGCUAACGACUUGCGCCGUGGCAAGAUCAUUCGAUCAAUCAUCGACGACCCGCAAUACCUUCCCUCUGGAGCGAAACCCAGAAAUCCUGAUAGUGAAGACUUGAAGGGCAAGAACGCGGGACCGACUGGUGCUGUUCUUAUGAUCGAUGCAAACCAAGUUUGGGACGUCCAACAGGCGAUCGAUUAUGUGAAGGGCCUGCAGGAUAUUAAACCUUGGUUCAUCGAAGAACCUACCGCACCGGACGACAUUCUCGGUCACGCUGCGAUCCGGAAGGGUCUGAAACCCUAUGGUAUCGGUGUAGCGACCGGGGAACACGCACAUAACCGAAUGGUUUUCAAGCAACUACUUCAAGCAGAGGCUAUCGACGUUUGCCAGAUCGAUUCGUGUCGACUGGCCGGUGUCAGCGAGGUUAUCAGCGUGUUACUCAUGGCUGCAAAGCAAGCGUCAACUACCAUUCUCUUUUCACCUCGUUCACCUUUAUUAUUCUUUUAGAUUCGGUGUUCCUGUUUGCCCACAUGCAGGCGGUGUCGGUCUCUGUGAAUAUGUCAUUCACUUGAGUCUGAUUGAUUACAUCUCCAUCUCGGGAACCAUGGAGCGAAACGUACUCGAGUUUGUCGAUCACCUGCACGAACACUUCGUGACUCCUUGCUCAAUCAACUCUCGUGGACGAUACAAUGUACCAUCCAAUCCUCACGAAGGAUAUAGUAUUGAGAUGCAUGCAAAGAGUAUCACGGAGUACGAGUUUCCCAACGGCUCGUAUUGGGUAGGAAGGAAGCGUGAGCAGGAAGGGACUUAAUUUAAGUUUAUACAUGAAAUUCAGACCCAGAAGACCGUUGUACAACUUAUGUAUCUAUCUAGUAGCCUAUUAUCCAAAGUUGUUGUGAUCCGAUG